AUGGAGUCUGUCUCUCCAGACCUCAGUUCUCCCCUUCCUCCUCCAGAUUCGGUUUCUGCUCUGUCUCCCUCUUCUUCUCCUUCUUCUUCGUCUUCGUCUUCCUCUUCUUCAUCUUCUUCUCCCUCUUGUACUUCUUCAUCUUCUUCUCCCUCUUCUUCUUCCGCUUCUUCUUCUUUCUUUCUCUCGAUGUCUCCAGUGGGUCUUGGGAGCGACGUUUGCUGUGUCCAGACAGCUCAAGUAGAGAGUCCGUUUGCUGCAUUUUCUCCGUUUUCCUCGAAAGCACCAAGUCUCUUUCACCCCUCGAAAUACGCCGCAACGCAUGCAGGAAGAAAACAGCCAACUGCCUCCUCUGUCUCGGGGACCUUCCUCUCUCUUAUCUCUCUGAAACUUGCUUCCUUCUCAGAGAAGCCCAGCCAUGCACAUCGCUCGAAGGAAACUGCUGAAGGGAACCCCACAAAGACCGCCUGUGCACAAGAGACGCCUCUUCAGCGAGGCGCGGGGGAAUGUGAAAAGCAAGAAGAAGAGAUUCGAGUCAGCGAGAGUCCGUGGAGCCUAGAGAUCCCCUUUCGGAUCUUCUGGCGCUUCAACAAGAUACCAGACCUCAACACUCUCGAACAUGUCUCGUCGGUGACUUCUACCUCUUCUCCUCCAACGUAUUCAUCCUCUUAUCCCUCGUCUUCCUCCUCGCCUUCCUCCUCGUCUUCCUCUUCUUCUCCCUCUACAUCUCCUUAUUCGUCAUCCUCUUCUUGCGCUUCUUCCUCUCCUAUUUCCUCAUCUACUUCUUCUGCUGGUCGUCCUGCGUCGUCUUUUGAGUGCGCGGCGGAUGCGUCUUCGGUACCUUUUCUCGGCAUGCGUUGCAUGCACAAGUCAGCAACGCAGAUGGCCGAGAGAGGAGGACCUGAGGACGCUACGGACGCCUUGUUUAGGUGGAUGCCCAACUCACGAGAAACAGCUCCAUGUGAAGCGGAAGCUGUCUGCGAGUGGAGUGGAGGAGAAGAACGCCCUUUCGAAUCCAGCAGCGAAGGCAGCAGAGGAAACGGUCGCGGUCUCGCAAGACUGGGAGGCGAGGAAACACCGCAGGCUUCUCCCCGUUCUCCCUCCUGGGUGUCUGCAAGUCAUGGAGCACGCGUCUCUUUUGAAAACAUUCUCUGCUUGCACAGCUGGAAGAUCUUCUGGACUGCUCCUUGUCUGCCUCCUUCUCUGCAUCAAAUUCCAGAGCCGACGCUCUUUCUCCUCGCGCGGGUAUCCCCGCCUCGAACGCUGUGUGCGCCCUCCACCUCGCCUUCUCAGUCGACUCUUUCUUCCAGUCCGAGUUCUUCCUCUUCCCACACAGAUCCGGUCGAUUCUUUCCACUCACAUUCUGCAACUUCUGCGCGCCGCGACUUCUUGGAGACUUCUGUCUCGCCAGGCUGGUUUCUUGUCGCUCCUCUUGCGGACGCAGACGGAGACAGCACAGCUUCCCUGCGAGGCCCUCAGAAUGCAGAGGAGACAUCAGAAACUGAUUUCGUUCUCCAGGUAACGACCGGCAACUCGUGCAAGGCCCUGCGAGACGGGGCUCGCGUCCUCCUCUGUCUCCACUCCGACCGUCCUCUGCCCAGCCUUCUUCGCCUCUUCGGCUACGUGGCGUCAACCCUGCUGAGAGGCACUUGUCUCCCUCGAGACAUGAAACUCGGCAAAGAAGGGAGCAAGAAAGGAAGAGGAAAAUGGUCUUCUGCUGGCUUUCGAGUCUCACAGCCGCAGAUCGGCUGGUGUGUUCCAAACAUCCCGCCUUCCGGUCCUUCUCUUCUUCUCUCUCAACUAGGGUGGUGCUCAUGGGAUGCCUAUGGCCACGAGAUGUCGCCAGCUUCACUUCGCGAGACUAUCGAAAUGGUGCAGCCUGGCUGGGCUCUCGUCGACGACGGUUGGCAGGAAACCAAGCCGUACCCGCCUUCAGAGGAUGGCGGAAACUCACAGGCGAUCCAAAGCUUCGACGGAUUUGCGGCGAAGGGCCUCUACCCCAUGGGCGAAGUCGUCCAGUCUCUGAACGUGAUUCUCAACCGGCCUUUCCUACGUUGGGCGCGAGUCAGAGCAGAAGGUGAAAACAUGAAAAAUGAACGCAGCAACAAAUUUGAACACGGAACUGCUCUCCAUGCUCCGAAGCUCUCCCACAAGCAGAAUGUAACGGCCUCCCAGACGAACGCCAGCGAGACAAGGGCCAAAGAAGCGAGCGAGAAAAGAAAACAAAGACUCGAAAUGCUGAAAGAAAACGAACAAAGACGCGAGGAUUCUCCGCGAGUCCUGCUGUGGCACUGUCUCCUCGGGGGGUGGAAAGGGGUCCAGCCUUCUUUCGCGGCGCACCUGAAUCUCUCCGCACGUGAGAGGGUCCGUCCAACCUUCCCGCCAGGACUGAGAGCAGACGCUUCGACUGCUCAACUGGAGCACUGGAAACGAGAAAUGAGUGUUAUUCCUCACUCCUUGAGUCCAGCCUUCUACGACCUCUUCUAUUCCCACCUCGGAAAACUUGGGAUUUAUGGGACAAAGGUCGAUGCCCAGGCGAUGGCCGCACUUGUGUCGGAAGGGUCACUGGACUCGACGGCUGUCUCGUACCUUCGAGGCUAUCUGCUCGCAGUCCAGCAGGCCAAUGCGCGUUUCCUGGUUAGGGACUUUGGAGACGAACCGACAGCGAAACUCCCACACCCAAACGAGGAGACAGCCGAAAGACAAGGGAGUUUUUCCUCAGUGUGCCAGGAACCCAGAUUGAAGGGGGGAAUUGAGGAGUUGGGUCGGUUCGCCCUGGAAAGAGGUGACGACGGCCGAGAGAUACUGCGUGACGCAGAAGCCUCGGAAGGAGACGCCGACGCAGUCACUGAAGACAGAAGUGGAGGCCAGGUCGAAGCCACGGACAAUAUGUUGAACUGCAUGGGGUUGACCGUGCCGAAUGUGUACCUCUCUGGAUCGAUGCUUAUCAUGCGCUCUUCAGAAGAUCAUGCUUUCCAUGGAGUCGUCGAAACGGCACAGAAUGUGGCACAACACAUCUGGCACAAUGCCGCCAAUAGUUUGUGGCUUUCUCCUUUCUUCGUCACGGACUGGGACAUGUUUCGCGUCUGUGCUUGGCAUAGCCGCAUCCACGCCGUUGCUCGCAUCAUCUCGGGAGGACCAAUUUAUAUCUCUGACUCGGCAGAGUAUUUGAAAGGAAGUCUCAACGACGGCGGAGUGAAAUCUUGGCGUAAGCUCCUGCAGCAGCUGAGGCUACCGGGAUGCCCUUUACCCAUAAUAGGCCGGUGCACUGGAGCCCCGUGUCCCACGAUGGACAGUAUUUUCUUAAACCCCCUAACAACUCCACGAGGAUACAAGGUGGUGAACAACUGUCCGGCGGGCGUUCUUGUCGCAAUUUUCGGCCUUCACGACAGUGGUGCCACACCUUACAGCGCGAUCAUUACUGUUUCUGACGUCGCCGGCCACCUGCCAGUGGUCCUUGAACGGGCAAACUUAACGGGUAGUGCGUGGAUGCCAAGCCCUCUAUUGAGUGAUCGUUCGGUGGAAAGUGUCGAAAAGAGCGAAAGGUUCCCGAUGGCUUUACUGUGCACGGACUUGGACGAGACUGCAUGGGAGUGCCACGACAGUCCAAUCGGUGACCACAAAAUAAACGCCGCUCCACUCGACCGAAAGUCUGGCUGGACUGUGUCGCCUCUCUACUACAUGAGUACCCGACUGUUCGCGGUGACUCCGAUCUUCUCCACAGGCUGUCUCCUCGAGCCAAGUGUCAGUAAAUCUUCUGUCACGCUUGGCACCCCUUUGUUUGAGACCCUUCACGUGUCCCUAAUCGGGGGAAGGUCGCUUGUCUCUGUUUAUGGAGAGACCACCGGAUGUGCGAAAGGUGAAGCCGCGGCCUCAGACCCAAGAACUCAGGGGUCCAGUGGCCCAACUACGAUUGUUUCUCCUCUUGCUCCUCCUCUUGUGUUUAAGUUGGUAAUGCACAGAAGGGGCACCUGGGAAGCUGGAGAGGCGAACGAAAUUGGAGUGACAUCCAAAGAACAGACAGUGCCACACUGCGGGCAUCAAAGACUGAGUUGCGACUACGCGAACGUGAAGAUGGACAACUCUCAAACACCGUGGAGCCGCGAGAGCGAGGCAAAUCGCCAUGUGCGAGUUACCGAGUGUUACACGAUUCUUCAGGGCAUCUACUUUGAGAUCCAUAAGGCGGCAAUGUUGGAAACAUGUUCGAUCCUUUUAUGGAGUGAUGGACCUCGCCUUCCAGAGUGCUGUAAAAUUCCUGCGGGUGCCGGCGGGGUCUGGAAUGAAUUUGCUGCACACGAUCGGAUCCAUGUCCGACCAGAAGAAGCAAUUCAUCCCAAGGCGAUUCAGUCGUGCACCUUCGGCGGCACAAUCUAUGAGAUUUCCUUGAAUGAGGCUAAACACAGAGAGGGACAGCUCAUGUCACCCGAUCGGACUCAUGCUUACUUUGUGUGGUAGCUGACGGCUUAUGUAAGUUUCCCUGCUCUUCUUCGUCAAAUGACUUCGACAAAGGCAGGUACUAUCUGCGUUUCCUGCUUUUCUGCACUUCACAGCUUCCUUGCAAGGCUGCUCACCUCGGUGCUGUAACGGAACAGUUCUAGUUUUUCCAGCCUCUGGUACUUGGAGCAAUUGGCAGGGCUGUCGUCGGUGACUCCAUGUGCCACGUGUAUACCGUCCCCGCUGGACCGCAGUCUAUUUAGCCCUAUAUUACGUCAGUGAAGAUUGCUCCUACAGACACGCCGGACCUCAGCGUGUCUUCAACUCCCCGACGCUCGGAGUUUACUUCCCAUUUCAUUUGCUUCUGCAAACUGCCACAUCUAACUCGUUCCUGCGUCUG